AUGGCGGAGACGCUGAGGCGGGUGCUAACCAGGGGCUGUGCGGUCUGGUCCGGGGAGGAGAACACGCCUGCCGCUGGACCGCCUUUGCUGCUGCUCGGUACACCAGGAUCUGGAAAAACAGCGCUGCUAUUUGCUGCGGCCCUAGAGGCGGCGGGGGAGGGCCAAGGCCCAGUACUCUUCCUGACACGAAGGCCUCUUCAAAGCCUGCCCCGCGGGACCGGAAAGACUCUAGACCCAAUGAGACUCCAGAAGAUCCGCUUCCAGUACCCACCCUCAACCCGAGAGCUUUUUCGGCUCCUGUGCUCUGCCCAUGAGGCCCCGGGGCCAGCCCCCUCCCUUCUGCUGCUCGACGGCCUAGAAGAGUACCUAGCGGAAGACCCAGAGCCCCAGGAAGCCGCCUACCUCAUUGCCUUACUUCUAGACACAGCUGCCCACUUCAGCCACCAGCUUGGGCCUGGCCGGGACUGUGGGCUCAUGGUGGCCCUCCAGACCCAGGAGGAGGCAGAUAGUGGGGACGUCCUGCACCUGGCACUGCUCCAGCGGUAUUUUCCUGCCCAGUGCUGGCUGCAGCCAGAUGCACCAGGUCCAGGAGAGCAUGGCCUCCGAGCCUGCCUGGAGCCAGGAGGGCUGGGCCCCAGAACAGAGUGGUGGGUGACUUUCCGAUCAGAUGGAGAAAUGAUGAUCGCUCCGUGGCCCACCCAGGCUGGUGACCCCAGCUCAGGCAAGGGUUCAAGCUCUGGAGGCCAGCCCUGAGCUUUGGUGGGUGACCACCUCUCUGUGCUUCAGUUUCCCAUGGCUGGAAUACUUACCUCAGGGACAUAUGCAGAUCCAAAGACCUAAACAAUGUAAAGUGCUUUUUCUCUUUUAAAAGUAUAGCAUUAUCUUGUAUAUAUUGUACCCAGUCAAUAUGUUGUUUAGUUUUGUUGCUUUAAACUUUAUAAAAAGAGCUUCAGGCCAGGCGUGGUGGCUCACGCCUGUAUUCCCAGCACUUUGGGAGGCUGAGGCGGUCAGAUCACCAGAGGUCAGGAGUUGGAGACCAGCCUGCCCAACAUGAUGAAACCCUGUAUCAACUAAAAGUACAAAAAAAAUUAGCUGGGUGUGGUGGCAGGUGCCUGUAGUCCCAGCUACUCGGGAGGCUGAGGCAAGAGAAUCGGCUGAACCCGGGAGGCGGAGGUUGCAGUGAGCCGAGAUUGUGCCGCUACACUCCAGCCUGGGCGACAAAGCGAGAGACUCCAUCUCAAAAAAAAAAAAAAAAAAAAAAGUUUCAUGACAAACAUAAUCUUCUGAGACUUCCUUCUUUUUGCACUCAACGUUGUUACUAAGAUUCAUCUACAUUUUUUUAGUUCA